UGCUGAGAGCGAAGGAAGGAGAUAAAAAUGAGAGGGAGGGAGGACGAGGCAGCAGAACGGUUGAGGAUCAGGACGGCUUGUGGGAGGUCUCGGUCGUGUAUGGAUGCAGCAGCUGGGAGAGGCGGAGAGGUAUGAGGAACACGGAGCUGCUGGAGGUUUGUCCUCUGCAGCCCACAGACACCCUGGGAGGUAGAAGAAAGACCCUCUAAAAAUAACCUGAAAUCCACCACCAGCAGAAAAACUACAUCUAACCCGACUCUAAGAAGUACAAAAAGAGAGAGAGACAGAAAAGCAGCUCUCCUUCCCCCAGUCUGACUCUUGUCUCUGCUCCAUUUCUGCUCCUCUGCCCUUAUUCCGUGCCGAGAGGAGGUCAUGUCCCAGUCUGGAAAAGUCCUUCAUGUGUAUGUGGAAGUGAGGUCCCCAGACCAGAACCGGGAGAGCAACGCAGGGAUGACUCAGGGGCUUUCGGUUCAGGGCGGCCCUGCUGAGCUCAUCCCUCCGCCGGCGAGCCAGGCGACCAUCAGCAGGGCCCCUGAGCUCCAGCACCUCGGGGACGGCUCACCAAGCCAGUCCCAAGUCCCCCAGUGCCCUCCUCCAAACCCUGUCCAGCUUCAGCUCCAGCAGGCCGCCAGUUCCCCUGCAGCCACCCGGCGCUGGAGCUCGCCCCUCCACUCCUCACCAGCUUCUCCUCACACUCCUCCUGACAGGCAGCGCUCUGUGGUCACCUUCAGCUUCGUUGAGAAGUCCAACGUGAAGACUCUGGAGAGCCCGUGCAACUCGGUCAGGGAGGGGCGGUCCAGCUCUUCCAGCUUUCAGAAGUGUCUCGGCGACCCGGCCUGGUUUGAAAGUCCUGAUUCAUCAAGCAGCUCUACGCCCAAGUCCACCUUCCGACCUCCAGGGAAUCACCAGCAGACAUUCUCCCCCGGCCUCCGCAGGCCACACCUGGACCCCAUCGGGAGGGCAGCCACUCAGAGGGCUGUGGAGGAGUUCGGCUCCCCUCUGCUGAGGAUAAAACUGGCCCACGCACUCGAGCAGGCCUCGGCGUCAAGCUACAACCCAAAGACCCGCUGCCAGUCCCCGGUUCAGCACCAGAACACCGGGGGGAACCACAGAGGCCACACGGCAGAUACGGGCCAGACUACUCAGUGGGUGCCUCAGACCCCCCCGUCGGAGCAGCUAUCCUCCCAACCGUGGCAGCCUCCUCACGCGAGCCCCUGGUCCUGUGCCCAGCCUCACAGUCCUCUCCACUGGCCGGGGGAGAACCGGCUCAGGAGUCCCGGUACCAGAAGGCACAUUCAGAUGAAUUCCCUGCCGCAAUCUGGCAACAACGGAGUGGAGGGGAUGAACCAGCUGAGUGAGAGGAGACCUUCCUCCCCGCCUCACGGCCGGGAGGGCCCCCGCAGGCCGGCUGAGGGGGCUUCCCCAGCAUCUCCAGCGUCUACAGACACCAGGUCACCCUCACUGCACAAAGCUUCAGACAAGCAAACAAGCAGCUGGAACUCCGGGGAACCUCCUCCAAGUGCACAACAAUCCAAGCAGAUGCUGAAAAUGAACAUCCCUUUAAACAACCAACACAUGCCAGAGACUGACAGCACAGACUCGCACCAGCCCAAUAACUCUGGCACCGAGCACGAGCCGCACCAGCAGGAGGGUUUCCAGAAGCACCAGCACCAGCAGAACUCCCCCGCCCUCCCUUCACGCCUGCUCCGCCCUUCUCACCCGCCCACCGACAUCAGCUCUCCCCUUCGGGAUCCAAGGCUUUUUCAGCCGGAACUUCGAGCGCCAAACACCCCCACCCUGCACCGCCGUCAGCCCCCGCAGUACACGGGGGACUGCUGGUCUCCAGAGCCGGACCGGAGGAGAGACCUGAGCUGUUUCCAGAGGGCCGAGUGCCCGGAGCUGGCUCCCAGGCUCUGUGGGAGUCGGGGGGUUGAGGAGGCUCCCGUAAGCUGGACCUCCAGGCAACCAUGGGGGGGACAUGCCAAGAACAGCCCCACGCCAGGGUCUGAGCCCCGGGCCGAGCUGCCCCCCGGUCAAGCGUCCAGCGAGCAGAGCGGGCCUCCCAGCCCGAGCGCCCAGCACAAGCGGGCCGAGCAGAGGAGGAGGGAGAUCCUCCUGCUGGGCCCGGUGGCGCUGGACUCUGCAGAGGAGGACGAAGGCUGCGGUGAGGACGGGGGGCAGCCGGGCCCACGGGGGGCAGCAGAGCUCCCAGAGGCGGAGCAGAAUGGGACGAUGGCGGGAUCGUCGUCCCGGAGCUCCAGCGGGGUGACGGGGAGCCUCGGGGACCAGGACUGCGUGUCCCCCCAGUCACCCGAGUCCAGCCAGUCCAGUCACCAGAGCAACGAGACGGGGGCCGCCACCUCAGGAAUACAGACGGACAGUGGAAGUGCCGCCCCGGUGCCGUCGCUCCACUGUCAGAGGAUUGCUCGCGCUAAGUGGGAGUUUUUAUUUGGGACCCCUGCAGAGGAGGCUGCCAGCAGACGGGAGAAAAAUCUGUAUGAUGCCUCCACAGCCCCUCCCAGCGGGAACUCCAGUGAGUCUCCCACCCCGACUCCCCCGUCCUCCCUGCCGCUGCCAUCUGCCAAUCAUGAGGUGCAGCAUGUGGAGGUAGAGUUGGUGACCCCUCCCCCGACGAUCAUCGGGACAUCCCCGAAAACUGGCAUCAUUGGCCGCACGCUGAAAUACUCGGAGACCGACCUGGACGCCGUCCCGCUGCGCUGCUACCGCGAGACGGACAUCGACGAGGUGCUGCUGGCGGAGCAGGACGACGGCGACUCGGCCUUCGGGAGCAACCGCAGCAUGCAGGGCACCUCCGGGACCGGCAGCAGUCCCCUGGGCAGGACUGGCGGGGCAGAGGACGGGGAGGAGGGGGAGGAGGAGGAGGUGGUGAGCUGGGCCAGCGUCAGGAUGCAGGGAGACAGCAGGAAGCAGCAGCACGCAGCGCAGGAGGAGCCCGAGGUGUUCGGACACCUGCUGAGCAGACCCACAGAGACGUUCUUUGACAACCACAACCCGACCCUGAAGUCGCCCAUCCUGGUGUCUGGGCCGCGCUGCGCUGCCGAGGACACCUUCAGCCGCCACUUUGAGAGCAUCAUGGAGUCGCACCGCGCCAAGGGGACGUCCUACAACAGCCUGGACAGCGACGAGCUGCUGACCUCCAGCACCCAGACCGUCCUGACCUUCGACCUGCCCACCCUCACCCCGGCCAUCCACGGCCCGCUGUGCCAGAGCGCCAGGCAGAUCGUGCAGCUCAGCUUCGCCCCGCUGGCCCACGGUGAGAGGCCCAGUCUCUCCGACUCGGUGUUCACGGUGACGGGGGACUCGGACGCCACGCGGGCCCCCUCCAGCGAGAGGCUGAGCAGCGGCUCGGACGACACGCUGCCCCGAGGGAAGGAGGGCGCCCAGCUGGGGAGCAGCUGGUACAUCAGCACCUCCUUCUCUCUGCCCAGCAGGGAGAAGGUCCGCCUGGCCACGGACUCGGAGCUGGACCAGGACCUCAGUGAGCGGCUGGGCCUUGGCAGCAGCGACACCCUCACCAACGGCAGCCACCGCGCCGACCUGGCGGCUGCCAGACGCCUCGCCAAGCGUCUCUUCAACUUGGACGGCUUCAGGAAGUCCGACGUGUCGCGCCACCUCAGCAAGAAUAACGACUUUAGCCGCAUGGUUGCAGAGGAGUACCUGAGCUUCUUCACUUUCACCGACCUCACCCCCGACCAGGCGCUGCGGACCUUCCUGCGGCAGUUCGCCCUGACGGGGGAGACUCAGGAGAGGGAGAGGGUGCUGUCACACUUCUCACGGCGCUACAUGGACUGCAACCCACACGUCCUGCCAUCGGAAGAUGCAGCUCACACGCUCACUUGUGCCCUGAUGCUACUGAACACAGAUCUGCACGGUCAGAACAUUGGGAAGAGGAUGUCCUGCACACAGUUCAUCGGGAACCUGGAAGGACUGAACGAUGGCCAAGAUUUUCCCAAAGAUCUGCUUAAAGCGCUCUACAACUCAAUCAAGAGUCAGAAGCUACAAUGGACACUUGAUGAGGAAGAGCUGCGGAAGUCCUUUUCUGAGCUCGGGGACACCCUGUGUGACUCGGACCCUUCCCGGUCGAUGAAGAGGGUGAGCAGCAGCGGGAAAUCCCUGUCAGAGGAGGCCGAGCCCACGGGAGCGCUGCUGUACAAGAACGGAUUCCUGGUCCGCAAGGUCCACGCCGACUCAGACGGAAAGAGAACACCAAGAGGAAAGAGAGGAUGGAAGACCUUCUAUGCCAUCCUAAAAGGACUCGUUCUCUAUCUGCAAAAAGGGGAGUACCGGCCUGAUAAGCAGCUGUCUGAUGAGGAUCUGAAGAAUGCAGUGUCCAUCCACCACUCCCUCGCCAUGAAGGCCUCAGACUACAGCAAGAGACCCAACGUCUUCUACCUGCGGACCGCUGACUGGAGGGUUUAUCUCUUCCAGGCACCGAACGCUGAACAGAUGCAGUCUUGGAUCACACGUAUUAACACGGUGGCUGCCAUGUUCUCGGCUCCUCCCUUCCCAGCAGCCAUCGGCUCCCAGAAGAAGUUCAGCAGGCCGCUGCUGCCGGGGACCAUGUCCAAACUGUCUGAGGACGAGCAGGUCAGAUCUCACGAAGCUCGAUUCCGAGCUAUCGCCACCGACCUGGCCGAGCUGCGCUCUUUUCCCCCUGAUCGCAAGGUCAAAGGGCGUGACUUGGAAGAGUACCGCCAGCGAGACGAGUAUAUGGACUUUGAGAAAACGCGGUACGGGACUUACAUCAUGCUGCUGCGGGCAAAGAUCAGGAGUGGUGAGGAGGACCUGUCGGUGUUUGAGUCUCUGCUGCUGGACGACAGCAGCCUGCAGAGGGCUCACUCCAGCCCCACGCUGCAGGACAGCAGCCAGGCCAGCAGCUCCAGGGACGGGGGCAACAGCAGCAAAGCCAGCGCCUGCAGCAGCAAGCCUCGCCAGGAAGCCCAGAGACACAGCUACCGACAGGCUGUCAAGAAGUGAGGCGGGGCGGGGGCGCCGGGAGCGGCCCGGCGUUGCACUGCCAGCGGCAGGCUGGCUCCCAGUAGCGGUUUUUAUUUGAGAUCCAGGAAAACUUGGAGCUCUGCUUGAACGGGGAGCAGGAGUGAGGGUGUACCCCACGCUCUGCCCCAACCACGGCGCCCCACCCGGCACCCCAAUCUUCUCGUCUAAUCAAGGAGGUACAGAUCCUGUGACUGGCAGAGUGGCUGGCAAACACCAGCGAGGAUGUGGGUACAGGAGGUGGAGGAACCGCUGGGAGGCCUGACGUCUGCUGAGGGGAGGUGUGAGAAUGCUGGGUGCAGCUGCAGGCUGCUCAGGGAGGUGAGGGGGCUGCCCAGGGGCCCAACCAGGCUCCACAAAGGGACCUACAUCCAGCAGAACCUUCUCACUCUCCUUUGGUUCUUUUCGGGACACCUUUCCAGCCACAUUUCCCACCUUUUUUCUUGAUCUUUUACUAUAUUUGGGACCAAUCAUGUUUACACACUUUAAAUUGUCAUCACAUUACAGAUGACAAAUCAUUUGAUUUGAGUUGAAUCGCCGCCGCCACCGCCGCUCUGAUUUGAAGCAAUGGAUGAUCUUAGGGAGCCAGCUCCUUUUCUUUGGUUACAUCAUCACGGUGCGUUCACAUUCCACGCAGGAGCUGGAAAUUACAGCUGUGUAUUCCAGUGGAGGCGGUGCUGAUGGCCCGUUCAGGUCCACAGUGUCGGCAGAAGUUCACAGCACUCCUGAUAUGCAGCUAAGAAUGCAUCGUACAGGGAGAGGUCUGUCUUUUGUGCUCUACUUGAACAUUUCUUUUGCUAGUUGCUUUUUGCUUCUGUCCCGUGAUGUGCUUCAGUUCUCUUUUCUUUUUCUUUUCUUUUUUUCUCUUUUUUUUCCAGGCCGAAUGUUGUUUUCUGCCGUGAUCCGCAUGCCUGCAUCUGGCACAGCUUCUUUUAGGGCUUUUAUGACUUUGAAGGCAAAAACUGUUCGGUCAUGUUCCUCUCGCUGGUGCCAUAGCCAACGUGUAUUCGUCUGUACAUACAACCACUUAUUUACAAACCCCGUGUCAACACUCACCAGGCAGACCCUGAAUGUUCUUGUUUUCUGACAUUUUUACAGUAUUUUACAGUCAUUUGUUGAUUGUGAACCCACUCCCCCGUGUAUGCCAAGUGUAUGAUCAAAUAUGAUAUUGAAGAUAUGAACUAUGUUAUACUCUUUGUAAACAUCUAGGAUAUGUUGUGUAUAAUGCACCGCCUGCUUAUAUUGUAGGAUAUAUGACAGCAUAUUUGCAUUAUAUUCAGCACAAUGAUGUGAAGAUGCAUUAGGAACAAAUACAGAUUUUCUCUUGUUAGUCCCACAAGUGUUACAUGAUAGUCAGGUUUGUUUUUUGUUUCUUUACAUGCUAUAUGAAUAUUAAAGUAAAGCCAAUAUACCUGUCAAAGAUUAGUAAGUACGUGUUUCAGACUCCUAUGCUAUGUGCUGGUCCUGAAAACCAAUUCAUUCAGCUCCAGUAGAAAGCGCUCCAAAUGCAAAGCAUGAUUUCGAUUGGAUUUGGGGCUGAUAAUGUUGCUAUAGAAACAUGAAAAAGGGAAGACAAUAGUUUGGGAGUGUGUGUGGGCAUAUUUGGUAGCCAUAUACUCCUCAUAGCAUUACUGAUGCAUAGCCAUUUUUUACUCAGGCUUUAAGAGGUGCAGCUGUUGCGCAGCUGCAGUGCCAGCAUCCAGCCAGCAGGGAGAGCUGUCAACAUUCAGUUUCAUUCCUAUUUCAGCCAUAACCACACCUGCAGCACCUGCAGGGAAUAUGCACAGCAGCAUCUCCCUCUCACCUGAGGAGAGGUGGUGCAGGGCUACAGGAGACAGGAUCUGUUUCCUGUAGCCCUGCAGGAGACAGGUCCUGUUUGUGUGUGCGUGUGAACAUCGUGCUGGAUGUUCAGAGGAGCCUCGAUACACUUUCACUCGUGUCCGUCUAACUUUCGCUCAUCGGCUCGUGUGUUUCUAACUCAGAGAGGUCUUGUUCCGGUUUGCAGAGUUUCUGAAACUGAUGUGGAUAUCCCGUCGUAUGCAGUGUAUAGUGUCAGUCUCUCAGUCACGUGUGGCCUGUCAUUGCCUGUACUCAUUUUUAAGCAACACUUUACAUUAACGAUUGCAGGCUCUUUUUCUUUUCUUCUCUUUUCUUUGGCUAAUGUGGCAGUGAAAGUAAGUUCCAUUUACUUUGGAACUGUUUGAUAAGAGAAGGACUUUAUUAUUGCUUUUUUUCACAUACUGCCUGAUAUUUUAUAAUCCAAUCUAUUAAUCAUUGGGGAAAGUGUGGAGUGAAAACACUGAGAAAGGAUCGUAAAUAAUGGCUGCUUGUAGCCCUGCCGCAUGCCAUUGUCAUCUCCACAUCUCUCUUUCUUUUCUGUUGCACGAUCUAAUGUUUAGUGAGAUUUUUGUGUAUAUUGUUGCCAAAACUGACAUCCUGUAGCUUUUAAUAUUCAUGUAACCUGACUUUAGAGUUGUUUAUUUAUUAAUAUUGUUUAACUGUGCUGUUUGCAAUGUAAUGGAGGAUGUUAAACAACAGCCAGCUUCAAGGUGGCCAAAAUAAUCAGAUGUCAGUAUCGCAGAACUGUCACGAAGGCACUUCUCAGGACAGAUGCUGGACGCUCACAACUGUGUUUCCAGACCGUCAUGUACAGCCACAUCUGCUCUGGAGCUGUCAAUCACAAAAUGUUCCUCAGCUCAUGCGGUUUGUAGAAAUGUGCUUUAAAUUGUUAUCUACUUUUUCUUAUAUAUCACUUGAAUGAACGUUCAAGUUCAAAUGUGCCCAUAAAAGCCAAAUACAUCUUAUGUCCUGCAAAACCCCUCAAAAGUUCCCAGAAAUGUCUCAUUUUGAUUUUGUGCACACAAGAUAGUAGUUUUAUAGCUUGUUUACGCUAGAUUGUGUCCUGUACGUCGUGUUACAGUCAAAGGAUUUUUGCCUGUCGUUGCUUCAGUUUUACCAUUGUGUUCAAGGGCUGAAUGAUUCAGUUAAAUUAGUGGCGCAAACUCUUUAACUUUAAUCAAAUGAAAGCUUGUGAAUGUGUUGGUUCAGGGGACCCUGGAAAGCUGGGGCCUAGCAGAAGAUGCAGUUUUUGAUAAUCCAACCCUUUUGUGUGCGUAAGAUUGAAUUAAUAAUGCUUCUGGGCUCUAGCUGCCCAACCUGUGGCCCCAACGCGGACUGAGUCAUUAGAUUAGAGGAAGCUCAGCUUGCCCCGCGGCCACAGCCGUCGCAUUUCAGUACUGGCACCAGACACGUGCUGAAAUACAAUCUGAUUCAAGUCAGCUGGCACAUGCAUUCCUCACAUUUGAAGCCUGAAAAACAGUGGUUUAAUCAAACAGUGCCGACUUGCUUAAUUAACUCGAACAACCAGCAGUUUCAUUGAUCUGAGAACUGACAGCUAAGUUAUUUUUGUGAUAUUAAAAUCGUCCCUGAAAAAAGUGUUAAAAUCAAAGUAACUAAUGUGCGAACAAUCAUUUAAUCAGACGCCACUGCUGCUGCGUCCCAUCGCCGACGUCCGUCAAGGAGCAGCUCCUCAGCAGGCCUUCGCGGGCACUGGUUAGCAUGGAAAUGGCUCGUUACCGUGGUGACGCUCCAGCCAACCUCUCUGUCGCGCUGCGUUCACAGACGGAGGAUACCUCUGUUAAAACCCGCUGGCUGCACUUGGACUGUUUCUCAUCAGCUUAAUUUCUGAAUGUAAAUAAAGCAUGUGGUGUUAUGGCCUGCUGUCAUUCAUGUUAUGGUUCGAGUUGUAAAUGAAAGGUUAAUAUAUAAGCUGGCUCACUAUGUUUUCAGCUCAUACUGUUUUGUUUUGUUUUGUUUUUUACUUUUUUUAUCAAUGUGAAUGAAGGAAAUGGCUAUAUUUAAUGCUGUUAUAUGCUGUUGUAUUUUAGAAAACGAGCCAGCUUCUACAGAUGUUUUUACAUGUAACAGUCUGAUCCAUCCCAGUGUUUUAUAGACUGGUGCAGGUAAGGCAAUGUUCAUUUUAUGCUACACAUACAGUGAGUUACAUGUGUCACUGCCUUGUUAAAACUCACCACGGAAAUGUUGUUUGUGAGCCUCUCAUUUUGAGAGGUUUAGAGGAUAAAAAUAAAAGUGUUU